CAAGGAGUGGACUCGCACAAGACCUGACGGACCUAAUGGGAAUAUGUGAUCACCUUGCGAGACAGUCAAAGUCGUCCACACUCCACCUUGGUGCGGGUAUGCAUAAGAGCCGAGCAAGGCUGGUAGCAAAUCGUGCCCUUGUCUAUCGCAACCAUAUAUCUCCCUCUUAAACCCCUAAUGGCAUUCGCAAACCAUAAGUCGAUUCGCCCCGCGCGCCCAUCCAUGUCGCCAAGCAUUUGGCAAGUUUGGAUGACGAGGUCGCUCGUGGCCUGUAUCAUUUUCUGGCACUUUGUGAUCUGCAUUGGCGACGGCAGUGGUGGCAUCUCCUACGGCUACGGAUCUCUUGAACGUGACAAGCCUGCGGGCCCUUCUCGUGGCGAACCCUAUACUGGUGGCGAACACUAUAUUGGACGAGCUGCAGCGUGUUCGAACGGCUGCCGCUGCACGCUGCCUCCUGCAGCAGCGCCGCUGCUCUCACCCGAGCAGCAGCAGCCAGCUGCAAAGGAGCGCUCCAGACACGCUGGUGGAUAUCCGUCAGGAACUGGUCCUCCCAGGCCUGAGCAGCAGCAGCCAGCUGCAAAGGAGCGCUCCAGACAUGCUGGUGGAUAUCCGUCAGGAACUGGUCCUCCGAGGCCUCAUGAGCCUUACUUGCCGUACCCACAUCAACCGAGGCCUCAUGAUCCGUACUUGCCGUACCCACAGCGGUGAAGCUUAAGCAAAUUGAAGGAGGGUGCACUUGCCUUACAGGUGCAUAGAGUAUAGUUGUGAGGGAUGUGUAUAUGGUGAAUAAUUAAUCGAUUGCGUUCAUGUUGCGCCAUUUCUUUCUUCUUGUUUAAGCAGUUGGACGAGCUGGACGUCCGUUAGGAACGGUCCUCCGAGACCUCACGGUCCGUACUUGCCGUACCCACAGUGGUGAAGUUUAAGCAAAUUGAAGGAGGGUGCACUUGCCUUAUAGGUGCAUAGAGUAUAGUUAUGAAGGAUGUAUAUAUGGUGAAAAUUUAUACUAACCAUUAUUUUUUAA